AUGUCACUUCGUGAACUGGAAAAACCACACAACGCAAAAAAUCUCAAUAAUUUUUUAAAGGCUUGGAAAUUAAUAAAAGAGCUUCCCCCGGAUAAUCCAAAUUCAUUUUGGGGACUUGCUACAUAUCAUGGUGAACCAUUUAAAAAGAGAAUAGCUCCGGACAUAAAAAAUUAUUCGUUUGUUAAUUAUUUCGAGUUUUUGUUUUCAAGUAUAGACAUACCACCACAUAACCGGCAGAAGUGGGGUGGAUACUGCCAACAUGCUAAUGUUUUGUUUCCACCGUGGCAUCGUCUGUAUCUGUUACGUGUGGAACAAGCCUUGCAGACAGUUCUCCCUGGUGAAGAUGUGGCAUUACAUUAUUGGGACCAAACUUCAGAAGAAAGCCUACGACAUGGUUUACCUAGCAUCCUAACCAGAAAAACUGUCAUGGUAGAUGGUAAGGAAGAAGUAAAUCCUCUCUUAAAUUUCACUCUGCCAAAGCAAAUUGAUGCCGAUGAAAACAGUUUAUACAAGAAACCUAUCCAUUACACGACAGUCCGCUACCCUUUUUCAGGUAUUAGGAAUCCCAAAACAGCUGCAGAAGCUGCAGAAAAACACAACGAGAGAAUCUUUGAACUAGAUAAAUCUCCAGAUAAAUUGUUGAAUGAAAACAUCAAGUACUGGUUAAACCAUGGCUAUAAAAGUAAGAACUCGGUAGUAUCUGGUUAUGAAGACUGCUUGGAUGAGACGGAUUACAAUAAAUUCUCAAACAUAAGCUCGGCCAAAGUCAAAGGCAGGGUUGCGUUUUCCUUGGAACAGCCACACAAUGAUAUGCAUCUUUCAAUAGGUGGUUACUCCUUACCUAAAAUGAAUGAGAAUGGUGAAAUUGAAAGAGAUGAGAAUGAUAAUCCAAUUAUGCAAAAUUAUGGUUUGGUAGAAGGUGCAAACGGUGAUAUGGGUGCAAAUGAGGUGGCUUCCUUCGAUCCAAUUUUUUUUGUGCAUCAUUCAAAUGUAGAUAGAAUGUUUUGGAUUUGGCAAAAAAAACAUAACCAUAGCACAGUCGAGACAAGUUUUGAAAUUCGGAAAGAAAAGAGAAGUGAAGUUGGACGUGACGAUGUUCUUGGUACAUCAACGAAUGGCCAAGGCCCAACUCCCGAUCAAUCCUAUAAUCAAAUCUUAGGUAUGGAUACCGUGUUGCAUCCAUUUCAAAAUUCCACGGGUGUUCCCAUGACAACCAAAGAUUGCGUUGAUAUCGAGGCACAGCUUGGGUACACUUAUAGCAUAGGCUCCUUUGACAAAAUUGAUUGGCCGAGCUGUACUUCAAAGAACAUGUAUUCCCACAUCGUAACGACGUUGAAUGACCUCACCUACUAUAUGGAAAACGUGACACAAAUCCAAGUAUCAAACCCUAAAAAAGUCUAUUUCGAUUUCACAACUGUCGAAGCACCGAGUCAAAGUUGGUUAGCGCUACCAUUUUUCAAGAAAGGCCGUCCAGAAUUCACCUACGGUGGGUGCAAAUGGAAGAGGAUGUUUUACUUGCGUGUGUGUAAUCUGAAAUGUGAUGACUACCCAGGUUCGUUUGUUGUACGGGCGUUUUACAAAAAGAAUGGCAAGGAAUAUUUUGCAGGCCAGCGUGGUGUGUUAAAUCGAUGGAAUCGUAAAAUUUGUAAAAAUUGCCAGUACAACAAUUUUAAAAGCGUUGUAUUUAAAUUCCAUGAAAACAAUGUUUCCUUUCCCACUGGGGUUAAAGAAUUCAAUGUAGAUGUUUUGGCAAAGAAUCCUGUUACUGGAAAAAAUGAAGUACACAAGAUAUGCUGUGAUGGUGGGCCGUAUGGUGAUAAAGGAUUUCCUAAGAAAGAAUUUUUAGUUUCUUUUGAAGAAGUAACUAAUUAG